AUCCAUACAGAGUGCUGUCGCUGUUCCAGGGAGAAUAUCAGCACCGCACAGGCAGGAGAGGAUUAAGCACUCAGCUCAUCUACAUGCACAUUCCCAGAGAAGUGCACGAGCACCCAGGGCCGCACCGCUUUUGUAUCAAAGCUGGCACUCCCAUCACUCUGGCUCCACUUGAUCUACUGUCGCUGCUGGGAGAGGAUUUGACAGUGGACAUAAUUUUCAUCUUCUGGACUCUUUCAGAUGGUCCCAGUCUCUUUAUGUAGUUUAAAUCCACUAUUUCUUGUCUGUGAUGUUUGUGUUUCAGCAGGACAAUGCAACUUAAGUCUUUAGACUUAAACUUGCUUUGAGCAUUGGAGGAUUUUUCAUUUUGGACUCACUUUGUGGUUUGGUCACCUGCAGCAAUAAAAUGCCAUCUCGAGAGUCCUGUGAGGCUCACAAGGAGGAGAAGUCCCUGGUGCAGAAGGCCAAGCGGGAAGCCAACCAGGAGGAUCUUCUGGCGGCAGCGUUGGGGAUGAGGAUGGGGCCACAGAAACCUCCAGCCACUUUCUGGCAGCCUCUCAAGCUAUUCGCCUAUUCACAGCUCACCUCUCUGGUGCGCAGAGCCUCGCUGAAGGAGAGCGACCGCACACCCAAGUACGAGAAAGUCCACAACUUCAAGGUCCAUACAUUUCGGGGCCCACACUGGUGUGAACACUGUGCCAGCUUCAUGUGGGGUCUGAUGGCUCAGGGCGUCAAAUGUGCAGAUUGUGGUUUGAACGUCCACAAGCAUUGUUCCACUUUGGUGUCUAACGACUGCAAACCGGACCUGAGACACAUCCGAAAAGUCUACAGCUGUGACCUCACGACCCUGGUGAAGGCUUAUAACACAGCGCGGCCCAUGGUGGUGGACAUGUGCAUACGAGAGAUUGAGUCGAGAGGACUGAAGUCUGAAGGUCUCUACAGAUUAUCAGGGUUCAGCGAUUUGGUGGAAGAGGUGAAGAUGGCAUUUGAUAAAGAUGGAGAGAAGACAGACAUCUCAGUGAACAACUAUGAAGAUAUCAACAUCAUUACGGGUGCACUCAAACUGUACCUCAGGGAUCUGCCUGUUCCCGUUAUCUCUUAUGACGCUUACCCCAGGUUCAUCGAGGCUACAAAAUUAACAGACCCUGAAAAGAAGCUUGAAGCUUUUCAUGAGGCUCUGUCCCUGCUGCCGCCACCACACAGUGAAACUCUCAAGUACCUCAUGGCUCAUUUAAAAAGGGUAACACUCAAUGAGAAGCACAACCUGAUGAAUGCAGAGAACCUCGCCAUCGUUUUCGGGCCAACCCUCAUGCGUGCCCCAAAUGUAGAUGCCAUAACAGCCCUCAAUGACAUCCGUUACCAGAGACAGGUGGUGGAGGUGCUGAUCAAAAAUGAAGAUGUGCUCUUCUAACCCACAGAUCAGGAACUUUUUGUUGAACAGUUAAUUGUUAUUUUGUGUAAACAGUUGAAUGACUCUUUGUACUGAUGUAUUUUUUUGUUCGAAGCCCUGUGUACGGAUCAGUGCCGACCUCACAUCUUUGCUCCCCUGGAUCAGGUGUGGUUGAUGAUCUUGACACAUGUACAUACUUUAUAUCUCCCCAUUUUUGUCGGGGGAUUUUCAAAAACUGACAGACCAGCAUGCAUGGUGCAAGGUCUUUGUUUUUGUUCUUUUGUAGUUCUGACCCAGCAUGUGUUAAAGAUUGUGUACCGCUGUGACAUUUAUCUCUUCUUCAGUAGUUAUGGUCCAGAUUUGUGCAGUAGCUGCCAGCUGUACAGUUCUGUGUGAACACUGUAUAGUUGUAUGCAAAAAAAAAACUACUGAUUUUUGGGAGGUAAUUCUUAUAAUCGUGUAUAUUUUUUUAAAAUCUUUCCAACUCUUUUUAAUCUGACAUACACUUGUUAGUUGAGUGAGCUUUAUAAUGUUUACAUGUCCUUAACAUGCUCAAGAUGUUUAACAUUUCUUGUGAAUUUUUUCAAUCUAACAUUUUUGUACAUAGGUUGUGCAUGAUAACUUUAAUUUAUUAAAACUUGUUUGGAACAAUUGA